GCAGCGUCGUCUGCCGGAGAUGGCUUAUAAAAAGAAGGCAACCCCCGCCACAACAUCACCACCUUCUUCGUCAGAACAUUCAUCCCACCAUGCUCUUACAGAUCGUCACUGUGUGCACAUUAGCCAGUCUGGUUGCCGCCCAGUACGGCCCAGCGGGUCUUGCAAAGCAAGAUGAAGCUCAGUAUCCACCCCAGCCAUAUCAAUUCGGAUAUGAGGCCCAAGACGAGACUGGCAGCAGUUCCUUCAGGAGGGAGUCCGGAGAUGCCAACGGUAGAGUACAAGGCUCCUAUGGAUACAAGGACCACCAGGGCAUCGAAAGGAUAGUCGAGUACGUGGCUGACCAGAACGGAUACAGGGCACAGGUUAAGACAAACGAGCCUGGCACUGAGAGCAAGAGCCCCGCCGACAUCGAGCUCUACGCUAACCCUAUCCUGGUGAAUUAUGUUCCACAGCCCUCUAGGUACCAGCCCGAAAAGCCCUAUUAGCCGUCGUCUCUACUGCCUAUCAUUUCUGGAUUGUUCCUAUACGAGCAAGGGAUCGA